CUUAUGGGAAGCGCGCUGGCUGAUCCGAAGUGCUGGGCUUCGGCUUGUCCGUUUCUGGAGCUGGUGCUUCAAGGGACCCACAAAAUGUGACUCACCGCCUGGUUGGUCUCACUGGCGGUGCACGGAUUGUGACUCUUUUCUCUGGGUUUUGCCUUCCCAGCUGCACCGGCAAUCUUUUCUGCGGGCGGGACAUGUUUUGAGGCUUUUCUGUCCAAGGCAGCAAGUUCCCGUGAAUCACCAUGGCAACCAAGCAGCCUCCCCCUCUGAUGAAGAAGCACAGCCAGACAGACCUUGUGAGUCGUCUGAAGACAAGGAAGAUCUUAGGUGUUGGUGGAGAGGAUGACGAUGGCGAGGUUCAUAGGUCAAAGAUCAGUCAAGUCUUGGGCAAUGAAAUCAAGUUUGCAGUGAGGGAACCUUUGGGGCUCAGGGUUUGGCAGUUUGUGUCAGCCAUCAUAUUUUCUGGGGUUGCCAUCAUGGCUCUCACCUUUCCAGAUCAAAUCUAUGAUGCCAUCUUCAAGGAAGAGGUAGUCAACAGCAAAAUGCCUAUCCGUCUUUAUGGAGGAGCUUUACUUAGCAUCUCACUCAUCAUGUGGAAUGCCCUCUAUACAUCUGAGAAGGUCAUAAUCCGUUGGACCCUACUGACCGAAGCUUGCUACUUUGGAGUGCAGUUCCUGGUGACUUCAAUCACCUUGGUUGAGAGUGGCCAAGUGUCUAUGGGAGCCACAUUUCUUCUCAUCAGCCGAGCCCUCUUUGUACUUAUCAGCGGUUAUUACUACUAUCAAGUUGGACGCAGAUCCAAGAAAGUCUAAUGGCCAGAACUUUAGGGGGGGUGGGAGACUUUGGUUGAUUUGGAAGGACUGGAGGGCUUUUCUAUUUUUUUUCUUUUUCUUUUCCACAUUCCUUUUUGUUCACGUUAGUGCAUUGUCUUUAAAAGCAGGAGUCAUCGUAGCAUGCAUCAAUGUGUCAGUCCAGUGCAGGUCUCCCUGCCACAGCAGACAAGAAAAAAGAAA